AUGCCAUUUUUCCUAUCAGCAGCAAAACUGCUAGCCAUUAUUGUCAUUUUUCACUAAAAAUAAUUACAUUUUUAAUGGUUUUCAUUCCUUAAACAGAAAAAAAUGUCAACUUUUCCCGCAGAGUUUAUGUAAAAUCAAAGCCUGCUAAUGAUGGUGUGUUUGUGUUCUGAGUAAUCAACGUGGAAACAUUAUUUUAAAGUGUGCACUGUGAAUAUUGGAUUGUUUCCGAGUGAAGAAGAAUCAGAAAGUGGAUUUAUUUUUGAAUAAACACGUAGAAUUACUGUAGGUUGCUGUAUCCUAAGAUAGGGAUAUCAAACCGCAAACAUGUCGACCGGCCUGGUGGACAAGUCAUUCCCUAGUAACGAUGAGUUAUUCUACCUGAAGUGGAACAACUUCCAGAAGAACGUCAGCACCCAAUUCGAGAAGCUGCGCGAGGAGGACGAUCUGGUGGAUAUUACGUUUGCCUGCGAGGGUCGAAAGUUGACAGCACACAAACUGGUUCUGUUUGCCUGCAGUCCAUUCUUCAAGGAACUGUUGAAGAAAAAUCCAUCGCCACAUCCGGUAUUUUUUAUGAAUGAUGUCAAGUACGAUGUGCUGAAGGCAAUUCUGGAAUACAUGUAUCUUGGUGAGGUUCACAUCACCAACGAAAAUCUGAAGGAUUUUAUCAAAACGGCCGAAGGUUUGCAGAUUCGGGGUUUGAGUAAGGAAAAUAACGCUUUGUCCAACACACAGGGUGACAUCGUGAUGCCUCCGUCAGCGCAGAUACCAUUGCGAAAAGAAGAUAAACACGACGUCGCCGUUGAGAAUGCACACCUGCUUGACGAGUUCUGCCGGAAACGCCCUGAACCUGGUGAAUUGCACCAUGCAGCUCUCAUUAAGCGCGUUAAAACAGUCGAUAACAGCCAUAUUGCAACCGUUGGCGGACAAGAUAGUGGUAAUGUAGAGCCAAAGGUGGAAAUGGUUGAAUAUUUAGAUGCGGAUGGUAACACUCAUCAGUCGCCUACCUACUGUACCAUGGAUAAUUUCACAGAGAAAAAUGGAACUCGAAAUACUAUCACGCAUAUGACGCAAAUUGCUUCCGGAUUUACCCAAACAACCCAAGCCAGCAGUUCAGGACACCAGCAACAGCAGCAGCAGCAGCAGCAUGUCCAGCAACACGAGUACAAAUCCGAAGAGGACAGCAGCUGGAUGGACAAAUCCCUGGAUAAUAUUUCCGUGAACUCCGAACAGCAGAACGUAAAGUACAAAAGUGGUAAAGCCAGUAGCAAUCGUUCGAAUCGUUCAGCUGAUGAUAAAACAAACUGUUUAACCCCGCGCUGUUGUCCCGUGUGCUCGCGGCUUUACUCGAAUGUCUCGAACCUGCGGCAGCAUAUGCGUCUGAUUCACAAUCCAACCGCCGUUUGCUGUCCGAUCUGCCAGAAGCACUUCAAUUCAGAGCUGUACCUGAAGCGGCACUAUUCAUCGAUUCAUUCAAUCAAUACGAAUAGUCAGGGAGCGGAUGGUGAACUAGUGGAUCAGAAACCUACAGCGUCCCAGUUAAAUACCCAACAGCAGCAGCAGCAGCAACAACAACAACAAGCUCCUCAACAGCAACAGCAGCAGCAGCAACAACAACAGCAGGCCCCGCAACAACAACAGCAGCAACAAGCCGCUGCUCAACAGACUCCGCAACCUCCAACUGCUACCAACACCUGGAAUCCAUAUCACCAUCACGAUACGACACAACUGGUAAACCCCUUCAUCAAAUAAUCACUGGUAGUCACCGACAAAGGUCGGACCCCUCAGCAUCAGGAAUGCUUUUCUCAGUUGGUUACUGUUUGUGCGAUUGGUCCAUCGAUAGGCUGGCAGCCUAAUUAGACUGCUUUUUUCCAUUCUACUAGUUUUUGUCUGAUUUUAAUUGUCCAUUAAACUCCUACAUUCUUGCAGAGGUUCUAAAAAUUCAGAUCUUGUCGAUUCUACCUAGAGUUCAAGCUUCGAAGAUUUUUACUACUUCUAACAAAGAAUUUUUCAAUUGUGGCUCCGAAGGUUAAAAACCGAAAUCUGAUUUCCGAUUGCGUUUAACUUAGUGUGCCCACUAGAUUCUGAAAAAAAACUCGCCACAACCCCUUUGUGUUUAGAUCAAUACAACAAAUAUAUCGCAACUAAUGAGGCCGUUUAGAACUUAUGUUAUUUUAUCGUAUGGAAGAAAAAAGUACCAACUCGUCACUAGUUUUUUUGGAAUGAAGGUACCCAUGGAAUUGAAUGUCGAUCUUAUAAACCGCUGUCCUAAACUCCAGUGAUUGUUUUCUAUAGGCAUCUGUCUCAUCGUCGGACACAACUGCACCAUCUCUGUCAUAUUGUACAAAAGAAACUCUACCGAGGCGGGUGAAAUAUCCUGCCAAAUUAAUUGAUAAACGUCAAUCUUCUGCAUAAACGGUCGCGCUGCGACGUUUCAUAUUAUCUAAAAAUUACCUAAAAGUAAGAAAUUUAAAACAUUAUCGUCUGCAUGGAUUGGCUAUUCGAAGUUAAAACCACUUGAUUGGGUUUUUGGAUAUGUGAACGAAAACUGUACUUAGAGUAGAAAUAAGUGAAGGCGACGUUCAGAUGCAAGAGUAGCGUAAAUUAUUAUAAAAAAAUACAGAGGGCAUUUUGUGUUGCAAUUUUCAUCCCACUUUGGUCAGCACCAGUACGAAGUAAAGAGUUUAAACAAUAUUUACUAGUUUCACUUGGUUUUGCCAAGCGUGAUUUUAUUAUUAUUAUUAUUAUUUCCUGUAUCACUUCACGUCGCACUCUCAUUGUUUGUUUUUAUUUUUGUUUAACCUUUGCGACGGCAAAAUAGCAUACACAACUUGUGGGUUGAUACUUUCUGACAAAUUAGCAGCGUAAGAGGAAUGAUAGCAUACUUAGGAGAUGUAAGAUUAGGGAAAAUAUUGGAUAGCUAUAGGAUCAGUAGUGCAAGGUAAACGCCAUGAAAACUAGCAGAGACCGAAGUAUCCAGCUUCAAAAUUUGAAAAGCUGCAACGCAGAUUGAAGUACACUAGCUGGACGUUAUUUGCCUGUAAAUACAGUUGUCGUAGCGGCAAGUUUAUAAAAAUAAGUAAUAAAAUGGAAAUUUCUUCAAAGAGUCA